AUGGCUGGAAAGAGGGAACUUUUGAUGUUGGAGAACUUUAUAGGUGGAAAAUUUUUACCCUGUAACUCAUAUAUAGAUUCUUACGAUCCGUCAACGGGGGAAGUGUAUUGUAAAGUACCAAAUAGUGGGAAAGAAGAGGGGGAGAUCUGUCUUUGUACCAGCAGGGUCUUUGUCCAGAGGAGCAUCUAUAGUGAAUUUCUAAAGAGGUUUGUGGAAGCUACCAGAAAGUGGAAAGUUGGCAUUCCUUCUGAUCCAACAGCCAACAUGGGUGCUUUGAUAAGUAAAGCACAUCUGGAGAAAGUCAGAAGUUACGUAGCGAAAGCUCGCGCUGAGGGUGCCCAGAUUCUGUGUGGUGAGGGUGUGGACCAGCUGAGCCUUCCACUCAGGAACCAGGCAGGCUACUUCAUGCUUCCCACGGUGAUAACAGACAUUAAGGAUGAGUCCUGCUGCAUGACAGAGGAGAUCUUUGGCCCAGUGACGUGCGUUGUUCCUUUUGACAGUGAAGAAGAAGUGAUUACAAGAGCUAACAGCGUUAGGUAUGGGCUGGCAGCCACAGUGUGGUCAAAGGAUGUGGGGCGCAUCCACAGGGUAGCAAAGAAGCUUCAGUCAGGGCUCAUCUGGACCAACUGCUGGCUCAUCAGGGAGCUGAAUCUGCCCUUUGGAGGCAUGAAGAGCUCUGGAAUAGGAAGAGAAGGAGCCAAGGAUUCAUAUGAUUUCUUUACUGAAAUAAAAACCAUCACCAUUAAACACUGA